GCCGUAUCCAGGAAGUGGGGGGGGGGCGCGUCGGUUGCUGUGGUAACCGGUGGCCGCGCUGCAGGAACAAGUUGUCGGGACCCUCGCCUCAGCACGGGGUUUAAACCCGAGUGAAAUAGUGAAAUGUCGGAAUAUCGAUCCUCUGAAAUGUUGAGAAGCUCCAGUGGGAAAUCUUUGAAGAGAGACAGUCCGCCACUUAAUUUCAGAACAUGGAUAACAGAGCCAUUGUCUUCAAUUGAAACUGAGUAUAUAAAGAAUCUUCAGCAGCAAGUUUGUCUUUUGGAACUAGAAACAAACUUUCUACAGGAUCAGGCUAAGCAAGCUGCAAGUAUUCCACCAAAAAUCACCUACAAGGCUGAGAAGAUGUUGUCAGAAAUGAAGGACCUGCAAACAGAAGUUGAAUUCAUCCAGCUAGAAAUUAGAAAGAAAGAUGCCCGAAUUGCAGCUUUGCACUCUGAGCAGGAACUCUUCUCCAGGAACCUUCAUUUAGCACAAGAUGCUCGUUCCAGUGAAAAAAAAUUAUUGACAGAGGAACUGAUUCAAAUGAAGAAACUGAAGGAAGUUGCCAACCAGGAUAUGGCUUACAAGGAAUCUGAGCUGAAGAAGAUCAAACAAGAGCUGGAAACGACCGUUGUUGCAUUAACAGAUGAAGCACGUCAAGUCCGGUUGCUAGAAACACAGCUUAAUCAGCAUGUUGAGAAGCACCUGGCUACAGAAGCUAAACUCGAAGAAAAGACGUCAGAGUUAUUAAAGACCCAGGUUGCCCUUCAUCAACUUGAGGAGAAGUACUACACCAGUACUGCAUCCAUACAAGACAACAUUGCCCAGGAACUGAGGGAUGAAAUCAGCAGUUUGCAACAAACGCUGAGGGACAAAGUGUUGUUGAUGGAGGAAGACAAGUUUCUCAGAAAUAAAGUAGCAGAGGAUUGUGGUCGCUUGACAAAGGAAAAUGCCCUCUUGCACUCUAAUUUACUGGAACUAACUAAAGAGCUGGAAAGGGUUCAAGCACUUAGGGACAAGAAGAAUUCAAAGCAUUCAACCAAUGUCAUACAGUUGACUUCUCUAAAAGAGCAAGAGAGACAACUUGAAAUGGAAUUAUCUCACUUAAAAAGAAUGAUGAAGGAAGAGGAGAAAAAGGUUCUCACUGCCAUGGAACAGUUGCAGCGUCAAGAACAAGGAAAAAGCUCUGGUGAACUGAAAGGAUCAUCACUCCGGAAUCAACUGGCUACACUAGAGAAUCGCCAAUCCAAUAUUAAGCUGGAAAACACCCAGUUAAAGAGAGAGAAAGCCAGUCUAGUUGAACAUAUCUCUGAAUUACAUAAACAGAUUUCUGAAAAAGAUGAUGAAAUUUUUCUCAUGAAAGCACAUAUUCAUAGACUGGCUCAGGAUCUAAACUGUCUGAAAUCCCAACUCAAGAUGGAAAGUUCCCUGCAUUCAGGAAGUUGGAAAGAAAUUUCUAGCAUUGCUGAUAGCAUGAAACAAGUAGCAAAUACAAUGAACCAAAGGAAUGUAAACACCACUUCAAUAUACUCCUAAUUUUACAAACCAAUUAUAUUGAGUGAUCUUUGUGUAAAGUCUGAAAAAUUGUCAUAAAAUUAGUUGCUGGAAAAGCACAGCUGGUCAGGUGGCAUCUGAGGAGCA